AGGCAGGGCAUGGCAACAGCAGACGAAGUCGAAGUGACGCUCGAGGAAGUGCUCCAAGAAGACAACGAACUCAUCGACACCGCCGACGCGGUGUUGGGAAAUGCAAGCGCGACCCAUUGCUCGUUCCCAGAUGGGUACAUCCGCCAGGCAUUGUUUGCGUGCCUCACGUGCAAGACGGACGAGCCCGCGGGGUUGUGCUUGGCAUGCAGUUUGACAUGUCACGCAGACCACGAACUGGUCGAGUUGUACACGAAGCGCCAUUUUCGUUGCGACUGCGGCAAUGCAAAGUUCAACCAAGAUUCGCCUUGCAAACUGUAUGAAGGCAAAGACUCGUUGAACAGCGAGAACGUGUACAGCCAAAACUUUCACGGCCUGUACUGCGCCUGCCAUCGACCGUAUCCUGACCCGGACCGCACGACGCCCGAGGUCAUGCUGCAAUGCAUCGUCUGCGAAGACUGGCUGCACGAAGAACACCUCUACGAAGAUUCAACCGCCGCCCUCGGCGCCGACGUCGAGUUUGACGAAAUGAUUUGUCGAACGUGCAUGGCGUCGCUUCCUUUCUUGUACCAUUACGUUCCCACCACGACCACUACUUCAUGCACGACUACUAUUUCAACGACUGAAUCCACCUCCAAAGCCGCAUGUCCUUCGACGACCGCCAUCACAGUUCCGUCGCCACCGACGCCGACGUUUUGGACCCACGGGUGGCGCGACUCGCUCUGUCAGUGCGCCGCAUGCAUGGCCACGUACGCGUCAUCCGCGUGCGAGUUCCUCCUGGACGCGGCAGACUCGUUGAUGGCGUACGAAGCGUCCCAUGAGUCGACGUCGGGACAAGACGCAUCGGAACAAGCGUUCCAAACGGGUUUAUCCCACGAGCAGCAGGUGGAAAUGGCCAUUGGAUAUGACCACAUGGCGUCGGCGUUGAAGGAGUACCUGGCUGGGUUUGCGGCGUCGGGGCAAACCGUCAAGGCAGAGGACAUCCAGGGCUUCUUUGAAACGUUGCGCGCGUCCAAGCGGCAACGGCGCGAGUAGGGAGAGAAAGAGAGAUGCUGUACGACGAAUAGAGAAGAACAAAUGACGAUGAGGAUGCGAUAUGGUAUUUUCAGGAACUUACUUGUACUAGUAGCUAGUAACUACUAUAGCUAGUAACUAC